GCUCUGAAUUUCCAUCUUCGAUAUGCAGAAGACAAUUUCUCAUGUAAUUUUUGACGUAGAUGGGCUGUUAUUGGAUACCGAGACGGUCUACACCGCAGUGACUGCUAAACUGCUGGAACCAUAUGGACUGAAACUAACUUAUGCUAUCAAGCGAAAACUCAUGGGUCGGAAACCUCUGGAAAGUGCAUGUGCGCUGGUAAACGCGCUCUCUGCUCCAUUCACGCCGGAAGAAUGGAUGGCAAUGUUUAGUUCAGCCCUCACAGCAGAGCAGUGGCAUCGUGUCCCAUGUAUGCCCGGUGCUGAACGUCUCAUACUUCAUUUGAAGAAGUAUGGGAUCCCAAUGGCAGCUGCUACCGGUUGCAGUAGCGAUGAGUUGAAGCACAAGAUGAAAAACCAUCAAACGCUGUGGAGCGCGCUUAGUCAUGCAGUGUCUUCUGGUGAUGAUCCUGAAGUGAAGUUUGGAAAACCGAAGCCAGAUAUUUUCUUGAUCACUGCUUCUCGCUUUCAAUCCCCACCAACCGAUAACAGCACCGUGCUCGUGUUUGAGGAUUCACCUCUUGGUGUCGAAGCUGCUGUUGCUGCUGGGAUGCACGUCGUAUGGGUUCCAGCUCCUGAUGAAUCUUCUGGAAGCGCUCCCGAGACAAUAGCUGACUCGGAUGUCCAUCGGGUUACAAGGAUUAACAGCUUGUUAGACUUCCGUCCGGAGGAAUUCGCCUUACCACCCUUCGAUUAACCUCCUGAUUUUUGUUACUCUGUUGCUCACAAUUCCAGGGUACCUCGACGAAGGACUUCGCUCGAUCUCCUGGAAGACCUACCUCAUAUUUCCUAUAUUUUUGUAAAACAAAUAUCUUUUGUCGCUACAGAUUGUGUACCACUAUCUCGUUUUCUCCCUACGUUGAUACAUUUUAACAGCAUCAACUCGAGAACAUUAAGUGCUAAUUUUGAUCAAGUGCAUUGCGCUUAUAGAUACGUCCAAUGCUUGACUCAGUGCUAGUGCUUCCUCAGUACAGUUCUAGC